AUGCUGGUUGAAUUUCUGGUGUUCCCAAUGGAGAAUCCGCAGGUGACUUCCAGAAAAUUGAUGAGUGGGAUUGGUUGCAGGGUCGUAGACGAAGAGCUGAGAAGAAAAACCGGUAGACAAGUUGGUUUGAAAGGUGGCUUUUGGUUAGUGGGACGGGUGCUUGUUGCGUUUCCUGGUCCGAGGUGGUUGUCUUCGCUCCCUGCUCUCCUGGCUUUCGCGGUACCAGCUGUGCCAGCCCUGGGAGUUCAUUAG